GUCACCUUUUGAGUAUUUCUCUCAGGUCCAGUGUUCAGAGGAGUAAUAUUUCUGAUAAUACUUGUUAGUGCUUCGUAUUAGGUAGUGCAUUUUCACGCGAACUCGGUCUAAACGAUGGCCCACUACGAAGAAAUGGCCGUGCACGGAUAUGAUGACUUCUGUCAGGCUGUAUCUGAGAGAAAGGGAAAGGACAUUUUUGUGUAUUUCUCUGGUAAUAAAGACGCCCAAGGAAAGAGCUGGUGCCCCGACUGUGUGACAGCGGAGCCCGUUGUAAGAGGACAGAUGACUCAUCUUCCUGAGGGCUCUGUCUUCAUCUACUGUCAAGUGGGAGAAAGGGCCUAUUGGAAGGAUUCAAAUAAUGACUUCAAGAAGGCGCUGAAGUUGAGUGGAGUUCCCACUCUGCUGCGAUAUGGCACGCCUCAGAAGUUGGUGGAGGAAGAAUGCUUCAAAUCAGAGCUGGUGCGGAUGAUGUUCACUGAGGACUGAGGGAUCCUGCGCUGUUCACAUCCGCCAUUUCAUCAUUUCUUCAAUGUUAAACAGUAAAUUCACCACCAUUGAAUUCCAGCGUUAUUGACAACCAUGCACAACGUUCAUCUCCUUCUGCAAUGUGAUGCAAAUCUGCAACUGUGUAAGUUUACUACCAAGAUAAUGAGCAUCCAACGUAAGACACAGCUACUCAAUUAAUCCAGCACUUGAACGUCUGCAAAGAGAAACACGAAGAACGGAUGUAACUCUAAUAGUGAUUCUUCUUGGGCUGCUUUAUGUGCAAUCACUCAAUUGUUAUUUGUUAUUUGAGUUUGAUAUGUUUCUUCAAAUGUAACGUUAAUCUAAAACACUAGUUGAUUACAUUUAUAAAAAAAAUCAUUGUGACCAUUUUUAUGUGAUUAUUUGUGUUGCCUUGCAGUAAGAAUCAAAUAAAGUAACACUUGAUGUUGAA